GCAAUAUCGUUCAAAGAGUGCCUCCUCUUCUACUCUCCUGUUCUUCUCUUUCAGUUACAGCUUUUCAUUUAGCCUAAGAAUUCGUGUUUUUGUUAAGAUCUUGAAGAUGUAUACGUCAAGGAAGAAGAUCCACAAGGAUAAAGAUGUUGAACCAACGGAGUUUGAGGAAUCUGUUGCCCAGGCAUUUGUCGAUUUGGAGAAUACCAACCAGGAUCUGAAAAGUGACCUCAAAGAUCUCUACAUUAAUUCAGCAAUCCAAAUUGAUGUGUCUGGAAGCCGGAAAGCUGUUGUUAUCCAUGUCCCCUACCGAUUGAGGAAAGCUUUUCGCAAGGUUCAUGUGAAGCUUGUGAGGGAACUUGAAAAGAAGUUCAGUGGCAAGGAUGUGAUUCUUAUUGCCACUCGGAGGAUAUUGAGACCUCCAAAGAAGGGUUCUGCUGCCCAGAGGCCUCGCAGCCGCACAUUGACUGCUGUACAUGAAGCAAUGCUGGAAGAUGUUGUUUUACCUGCUGAGAUUGUUGGGAAGCGCAUUAGAUACAGAAUUGAUGGAUCAAAGAUAAUGAAGGUACUUUUGGACCCCAAGGAACGAAAUAACACGGAGUAUAAGCUCGAGACCUUUUCUGCAGUGUACCGGAAGCUUGCUGGAAAGGAUGUUGUGUUCGAGUUCCCAGUUGCAGAGGCAUAAAUAAAGUCGUUUUACAAAUGUGGUAUCGUUCUGGUCGUAUUUUGUUUCUUGUUUUUCCU